GUGUGUGGUGCCUUUGCUCCAGACACCUGCCUCAGAGGACUGCAGCCGGCUCCUCUCCAAUCACCGUGCACUGCCUGAGCAUCUGUGACUCCCAGCGAUGAAGACCCUCGCUCUCCUGGCUGUCAUGCUCCUGGUGGCCCUCCAAGCCCGGGCUGAGCUCCUCACGGUGAAUGCUGAUGAGGUUGUGGACCAGCAGCAGUCAGGGGCAGAGGACCAGGACGUGGCUGUGUACGUGAAAGAGGAAGAAAGCUCCAUUCUUGAAGCUCUAGGUGUCAGCACAGGAAUUGUCUGCACUUGCAGAAGACGCUUGUGUGUAUCUCGGGAACGCCGCUCUGGGGUCUGCAUCAUCCGUGGUGCCCGAUACCCACUCUGCUGUCGCCGCUGAGAGGAACAACAGGGAAAAGCUGCUCCUUUCUGCUUUGUGGUCUUUAUGGAAACUGCUAUGACUCCUGUGCCAUGUCCUUUCCUCUCCAACCCCAAAUAAAGAGCCUUAGCGAG